GCGUGAGAGUGACGUAGACCUCGGGCGAGAGGAACAUGGUCUCCACAGUAACCACUGUUUCCUCUCGGAUAGAAGCCGUCGCGGAUUAAAAAAUCUUUCACAUCUAGAUGUUUGCCCGUUGCCAGGACAGGAGUGGGAGGAAAAGUUCACUGAAACUGUUUUGUACCUUUCAAUUCCGACAAGGAGACCGAUCAUUUUUAGAUUACCUGGUUCUUUAAAGACGCAAGAAACGUCAUCAACCCGCGCUGUGCCAAUGGAUAAGCGCUCUAGUUAGACUGGUAGCGGCCAACGGCGAUUACUAUGGCUGAAGGAUUAUUAUGGUCUUGAAGAAGUGAGAAGGGUGUGGAGGAUUGCAUAGAAGUGUAAUUUGUCGAUGUUGUAAAAGUAAAACAUUUCUUCCUAACAGUGUCGUAGCUGGGCUUUCUCCGGAUAAGAUGAGUAACCUUUCUUCCUCAAGACUAGUAGACAGAGUUCGGCAAACUCUGAAAAAAGUAUUUGGAUUUGAUACUUUCAAGACUUCAUUGCAGGAAAGUGCAACAAUGAUGGUUGUGAAAGUGGGGAAUUACGAUCCAUUGGAGACUUCCUGGCAUAUCUUGGUGUUGAGGAGACAAAGGAUGGCACGAGGACAAAGGGAGAAGGAUGUCUUUAUAUGCAUGCCCACUGGGGCAGGGAAAUCCCUGUGCUACCAGCUUCCUGCAGUCCUGGCAACAGGCAUCACCAUUGUCAUUUCACCUUUAAUUGCACUGAUUCAGGACCAAGUGGAUCAUUUGCUCUCACUCAAAGUCAAAGUCAGCUCUCUUAACUCCAAGAUUUCUGCUCAAGAGAAAAAGGCCAUCCUAGCUGACUUGAUGUGUGACAGACCCCAGAUAAAGCUCCUGUACAUCACUCCAGAGAUGGCAGCUUCCUCUUCCUUUCAGCCCGCCUUGGAGGUCCUAGUGUCUCGAAACCUUCUCUCCUACCUGAUAGUUGAUGAGGCUCACUGUGUCUCCCAAUGGGGACAUGACUUCCGACCAGACUACCUGCGGCUUGGCUCCUUGCGUUAUCGCAUACCCAACACACCAUGUGUAGCCCUGACUGCCACAGCUACUAAGCAGGUUCAGGAUGAUAUUGUAGCAUCGCUUAAGCUAAAGAAGCCGGUUGCCACCUUCAGAACACCUUGUUUCAGGUCCAAUCUGUUCUACGAUGUGCAAUAUAAAGAUCUCUUAAGGGAUCCCUAUGAAAACCUUAAGGAUUUCUGUCUGAAGUGUCUUGGACAGCGGAAUGACUCAGGGGGCUACUCAGGUUGUGGAAUUGUCUACUGCCGGACGAGAGAAGCCUGUGAGCAGGUGGCUAUUGAACUAAGCUACAGAGGAGUGAACGCCAAGGCAUAUCAUGCAGGACUCAAAGCAGCAGAAAGAACAUCAGUUCAGAAUGAAUGGAUGGAGGAAAAGGUUCCAGUUAUUGUUGCUACUAUCAGUUUUGGAAUGGGAGUUGACAAAGCUAAUGUCAGAUUUGUUGUACACUGGAAUCUUGCGAAGUCUAUGGCUGGUUAUUACCAGGAGUCAGGAAGGGCUGGGAGAGAUGAGAAGCCAUCCAGUUGUCGCCUCUAUUACUCUCGGACUGACAGGGAUAAAAUCAACUUCCUGAUCAAGAAGGAAAUUGCUAAACUGCAGGAGAAGCGAGGAACCUUGAAAGAAUCUGAUAAAGCUAUGAUGACAGAUUUUGAUGCUAUGGUGGCCUUCUCUGAAGAACUGGGCUGUCGUCAUGCUGCCAUAGCCAUCUACUUUGGAGAUGCCGUCCCGCAGUGCAAGAAGUGCUGUGACUACUGUAAGAAUCCAGUAGCAGUGAAAAAGCAAGUAGAAGCACUACAGCAGAGCAGCAGUAGCUGGAGUAGGACAUGCAUUGGGCCCUCAUCUUCCUCUUGGAAUGACUUUGACCCAGACCUGUAUGAAGGAGGGAGAAGCAGCUUUGGGGGCUUCAGCAGAUACGACAAAGAUGGUGGGAGUGUAGAUGAAGCUAAUGAGGACCAUCAGAAAAGGGAAUGGAAUAACUUCUAUAAGAGACAGAUGAAUUUGCGCAAGGGCCAAGAACCUGAAAAAGACAACUUUGUUCCUCCAGGUGCUGAUUGUCCCUUGAAGGAUGCAGCCAGCAGAAAAAUAGCUAAAAUCACAGUGAAGGCUAGAGAACAUUGCCUAAAGAUGCUAGAAGAAGCUCUGAGCAACAACCAGCAAGCAGCAUCGACAAGAGAUGGCUCGGAUCUUCUAGCAUGUGCUGUGGAAAUGGAAUAUGAGGCUUUCCAGACCAGUAAAAUGGCAAACCUAUACAAGGCAACUGUUCUAAAGAAGGUGACAGAAAUUAACAAAGCUUCCAAAGGUGGGGAGUUGUAUUCCACCCUUGGAGUCAAUGGCAGUUCCAAGCUGAAGACUGAACCAGCUGCAACAGCCGAUGAUGGCUUCUUCCUUGCAUCCAAGGUGAAUACGUUCAAACCCAAGAGGGUGGGGAUUGGAUUUCGGAAGACAUCUGAUGUGUUCCAGUCUGCUUCAGAACUUCUGGCUGUCAAAGAAGGUGCUGUUAAUCCUGUGAAGGAGUACAUUAGCCUAAACGAGAAGGGAGACCACAGCUGUGACCCUGAGCCUAUGGACAUUAAUAACACACUGGAGAAAGAGGUGAAAGUGACCAAAGAUGUUUGUAAACGUGCUGGUGGAGUUCCUGAGAAGGGGCAGCAAAGCACCUCGGAUGCUAUAGCCUCCGUGGGAGUUAGUCCUACCAAGAAGGGCAGGCCCACUAAGAAACAGCUGCUGCUGGCAGAAGCAGCUAGGAAAGAAUCGCAGUACAUUGUCAAAUUUUUCUCCGUCUCCAAAUCAGGAUCUAAAGCCUUGGCUUCAGAAAUUGAUUUGGCAGAAGAGGAAAAUUGUUACCUUGAUGAACUACCUCAGUUUCCUUCCCAAAGAAUGUACGAGGAGAAAGUAGAAUCUCAGGAAAUUGAAAUUGUCUUCAAAGAAGAAAGAGCUAGCUCAUCUCAAGUGGAAGAGCAAAAAUCCAAGGAAGCAGGAGAAGGUCUGAUGGUUAAAAAUCCUAGCCCAGGAACAGAAUUCUCAUGUAUAGGAUCAACUGUUGGAAAACCAAGACUUAAACCUUUGGUUGACGAUGAAAUGGCCAGCCAUUGUGGAAACCAUAAUGGAAAGAGACCAGGGUCAGCAGAGGACUUUGAGAGCCCUGCUGAAAAGAGGUUGCGGAUGAGCAGCAAGUCUUCCAUCGUGUUGCAAUUGGAGGGAAACGCUGGUGGGCCGAUGAAAAAGAAAGUCACGUUUGAUCCAGCGUUGUCACAGGGCGAUAAAGGAGGAACCGCCAAAACUAUCCAGCCAACUACGAAGGCACUGUCACUUAAGGAAACUGCAGACAUUGUUGUAAAAUACUUGACCCCUUUCUACAAAGGUGGCAAAUUUGCUUCCAAGGAUUUGUUUAAGGGGUUUGCCCGGCACCUCUCUCACUUGCUGGCUGCAGACAAGAGUCCUGUUCGUAAGACAGUGAAAGAACAAGCACAGAGAUUGAUCAAGGACUUUUUCAAAACCCAUGGCAAGUGUGAAAAUGAGACAGACUGGCAAGAGCUAACCAGCUUGGAAGCAUGACACAUGAAAUGCACUGUUUUUGUCUGCUUCUUGUGGUCACUGGACCCCAAGCCCUUAAAAGUGUCGUCGUGACUAUGCUUUGUGAUGCUGUAAUGGGACUAAAGGUGCCCCUCCCCCGAUUCAGAACAGCCUUGGGGAGAGGAAGGCCUUUGAGAGCGUUGUUCUAGCUAUAAAGUGUCUGUUGUGUAGAUGAAGUCACCAAAUUUAAGUUACAACUCUGUUCUAUGACACCAUCAACUUUGCUUCCCUUAGCAGAUACAGAGAGAAUGGAACUGAUUUGCUCUCUCUGGCUAGCAAUGCUGCUGCUACCCAAGAUUCUCUCCCCUCAAAUCCCCAAUCUUGUCUUUUUUUUUUUUUACCAACAGCAGUCUUAAAUUUAAGAAACGCACCUGCAACACUCCAGCGUUAUUAUAGGAUACAUUUACUUUGGAGAAAGCUUUGGCAUGUUGAGUCUGACAAAGCUGCUUUGGCAAGGUCCCUUUUGAUUUUUGUGGUUUUGAAAAGUGUCCUCUUGCACUAGGCAUAAACACUUUUUUAAAAACACGCACGUUGCAACAAUAAUGAGAAGUGCCGGCAAGGACAGCACUCUCCCAACAGAAUCUUCCCUCAUUGAGCUGGUGCAGCUCAUAGUACAGAUUUAAAUAAAGUAAAUCAAGGGCCUAACUAAAGGUUGAGUAAAAACCACGUAUAAGAAAACCCAGACAGCUGCUUUGGGAGGAGUCUGUGGCUUUUGGUACAAAGCAGCAGGGAGGGGAGGUUGUUGGUACUUCAGCCAAUCCCUGCCUGCUGUUUUGUUAUCCACACUGUCACCCCGAGCCCCCCCUCCAAAGUACCAAAUACAUGUUUGCUGACGUCUGUGUUCCCCCUGUGGCCAUCAGCGUUGUGUAACAUGCACUUGUAUGCAACAUUUAGCCAGGGCCCAAGAAUAUUUUUAAACUAGAGAAUGGCAUUAACUGGUCUUUCAAGGCUUGAUGGCACGUCCUGACUUACAGAAGCUGGAAUAUGCAGUUCCUUUUAAUCUGUAAAUUCCAUACAGUUUAACUCAAAGUGUACAGUUUUUCAGGUAGGAAGAGGAGUUUUAUCCUUUGUGGAACCUCAGGAAUAAAUAAAGGCCUAGGGCCAAACCUUCCCUCCCCCAAAAUUCUAUUUCAUUAUUACCACUCUGUGUGUGUGUGUGUGUGUGUGUGUGUGUGUGUAUGUGUAUAUAUA